AUGGAUGAUGACAGAUUUAAGAAGAAGCUCAAUUUUACUGAUGUGACUGAAUUUAUUCUUUUGGGAUUAACUAGUCGUCCUGAAUUACAACUCCAUUUUUUCGUGGUUUUCAUACUGGUGUACGUUGUCAUCCUGAUCGGGAACAUUGGUAUGAUCAUAUUAAUUAGAAUUCGCCCCCAGCUCAAUAGCCCCAUGUAUUUCUUCCUCAGCCACUUGUCUUUUGCAGAUGUGUGGUUCUCUUCUAAUGUCACUCCUAAAAUGCUGGAAAAUCUGGUAACUGAGACCAAAACCAUUUCCUAUCCUGGUUGUAUAGUGCAGUGCUUUUUCUUCAUCACCUUUGCCCAUGUAGAAGUCUUCAUCCUGGCUGUAAUGGCCUUUGACAGAUACUUGGUCUUUGGUAACCCUCUGGUCUAUGGCAGGAGAAUGUCAAGGACCAUCUGUAUCCAACUGAUCUCUUUCCCUUAUGUAUAUGGCUUCUUCAUUAGUUUUAUUUCAACCUUGUGAACUCAUGGUUUGUACUUCUGUGGGAACAUUGAGAUCAACCAAUUCUACUGUGCAGACCCAGAGCUCAUCAAAAUGGCCUGUGCAGGAACCUUCAUUAAAGAACACACUAUGCGCACUUUGGCAAAUCUCAACUUCUCUUACUCUUUAUUAGUCAUUGUCAUCUCCUACAUAUUUAUCUUUAUUGCCAUCCUAAGAAUGCACUCAGCAGAAGGAAGGAAGAAAGACUUCUCCUUUUGUGGAGCUGUCAACAUAUUUUAUGGAAUUCCCUUCUUCAUGUAUCUUAGAAGUCCAACGGAAGAGUCUGUGGAACAGGGAAAAAUUGUGGCUGUUUUUUACACCACAGUAAUUCCUAUGUUGAAUCCUAUGAUAUACAGUCUCAGGAACAAAGAUGUAAAGGAUUCCAUGAGCAAAGCAAUCAGUAGGACAUUUUUAACCAGAUAA